AGUGCCCCCUAGGGGCCUCUGUUCCUCCCACUAGGAAGAGCUUGGUCCUUCCCGCCUCUGGCCCGUUACUGGCUAGCCUGGCUCUCUGUGUCGCCUGCCUCGCCACCCUCCGGAGGAAGUUGGUGCAAUCGCAUCUCCACGCCUCGGGAGGACCUGCCGCCCCGCGCUCCCGCAGCACCAUGAGCGCUCGCCUGCCUCUCGUGCUGCGCCAGCUCCGCCGCCCGCAGCGGUUCCCGGGCCCGCCGCGCCGCCUCCGUGUGCUUGGUCGCUCCAGCAGCAGCGGCGGAGGUGGUGACCCCGAGGGACUGCGCGGGCAGCGGUCGCUGCGGGAUGACCAGGCCUUCAGCAGCCCUGGCCUCGGCAGCCCGGAGGCCCCCACAAAGGACUCCAUCGUCAGAGAAGUCAUUCAGAAUUCCAAAGAAGUGCUGAGUUUGUUGCAAGAAAAAAACCCCGCCUUUAAGCCGGUGCUUGCUAUUAUUCAGGCAGGCAAUGACAACUUGAUGCAGGAAAUAAACCAGAAUUUGGCCGAGGAGGCUGGUCUGAACAUCACUCAUGUCUGCCUUCCUCCCGAUAGCAGCGAAGAUGAGAUUAUAGAUGAAAUCUUGAAGAUUAAUGAAGACACCAGAGUACAUGGCCUUGCCCUUCAGAUCUCUGUAGACUCAUUUAGCAACAAAGUUCUCAAUGCCUUGAAACCAGAAAAAGAUGUGGAUGGAGUGACCGAUGUCAACCUGGGGAAGCUGGUGCGUGGUGACGCCCCUGAGUGCUUUGUUUCACCUGUGGCCAAAGCUGCAAUUGAACUUGUUGAAAAAUCAGGGGUCAUCUUGGAUGGAAAGAAGGUCUUGGUGAUAGGGGCCCAUGGGCCCUUGGAAGCUGCCCUGCAGUGCCUGUUCCAGAGAAAAGGGUCCAUGACAAUGAGUGCCCAGUGGAAAACACCUCAGCUCCAAGGCAAGCUUCAAGAGGCUGAUAUUGUGGUCUUAGGCUCACCUAAGCCAGAAGAGAUCCCUGCUACCUGGAUCCCACCAGGAGCCACUGUUCUCAAUUGUUUUCAUGACUUCCUUUCAGGGAAGCUUAGAGGUGGUUCUCCUGGGGCCCACAUGAGCAGACUCAUUGCAGAAGAUGACGUGAGUCUCCUUGCUGCAGCCCUGCGGAUUCAGAACAUGGUCAGCAGCGGCAGGAGAUGGCUCCGGGAACAGCAGCACCGGAGAUGGAGGCUCCACUGCUUGAAACUGCAGCCCCUCUCCCCUGUGCCCAGUGAUAUUGAGAUUUCAAGAGGACAGACUCCAAAAGCAGUGGAUGUGCUUGCCAAGGAGAUAGGGUUGCUUGCAGAUGAAAUUGAAAUCUAUGGCAAAAGCAAAGCCAAAGUCCGUUUGUCCCUGCUGGAGAGGUUAAAGGAUCAAGCAGAUGGAAAAUACGUCUUAGUUGCUGGGAUCACACCCACACCCCUUGGAGAGGGGAAAAGUACAGUGACCAUCGGACUGGUGCAGGCACUAACCGCCCACCUCAAGGUCAACUCCUUCGCCUGUUUGAGGCAGCCUUCCCAAGGACCCACUUUUGGAGUGAAAGGAGGAGCAGCAGGUGGUGGAUACGCCCAGGUCAUCCCCAUGGAGGAGUUCAAUCUUCACCUAACUGGGGACAUCCAUGCCAUCACUGCUGCCAAUAACUUGCUGGCUGCUGCCAUCGACACCAGGAUUCUGCAUGAAAAUACUCAAACAGACAAGGCUCUGUAUAAUCGUCUGGUUCCCUUAGUGAAUGGUGUCAGAGAAUUUUCAGAAAUUCAACUUUCUCGACUGAAAAAACUGGGAAUAAAUAAGACUGAUCCAAGCACACUGACAGAAGAGGAAAUGAGGAAGUUUGCCCGGCUCAACAUUGACCCCUCCACCAUCACGUGGCAGAGAGUACUGGAUACCAACGACCGAUUUCUAAGAAAAAUAACUAUCGGACAAGGAAACACAGAGAAAGGAUAUUCCCGGCAGGCUCAGUUUGACAUCGCAGUGGCCAGCGAGAUCAUGGCAGUGCUGGCCCUGACUGACAGCCUCACGGACAUGAAAGAGCGGCUGGGAAGAAUGGUGGUGGCCAGUGACAAAGAAGGGCAGCCUGUGACAGCCGAGGACUUGGGGGUGACAGGUGCUUUGACAGUCUUAAUGAAAGAUGCCAUCAAACCAAACUUGAUGCAGACCCUAGAAGGGACACCUGUAUUUGUGCACGCUGGCCCCUUUGCUAACAUAGCUCAUGGCAACUCCUCAGUGUUGGCUGAUAAAAUUGCACUGAAACUGGUUGGUGAAGAAGGCUUUGUAGUGACUGAGGCUGGCUUUGGGGCUGAUAUUGGAAUGGAGAAAUUCUUCAACAUCAAAUGCCGAGCUUCUGGCCUGGUGCCUAACGUGGUUGUGCUUGUGGCCACCGUGCGAGCUCUGAAGAUGCAUGGAGGUGGACCAAAUGUAACUGCUGGGGUUCCUCUCAAGAAAGAAUAUACAGAAGAGAACAUCCAGCUGGUAGCUGACGGCUGCUGUAACCUACAGAAACAAAUUCAGAUUGCUCAGCUCUUCGGAGUGCCUGUUGUGGUGGCGUUAAAUGUCUUCAAGACAGACACCCGCGCGGAGAUUGACUUGGUGUGCGAGCUCGCCAAGCGGGCUGGUGCCUUUGAUGCGGUCCCCUGCUAUCACUGGUCAGUUGGAGGAAAAGGGUCUGUGGACUUGGCUCGGGCUGUGAGAGAAGCCGCACACAAAAGAAGCCGCUUCCAGUUCCUGUACGAUGUUCAGCUUCCAGUUGUAGAAAAGAUAAGAACCAUCGCCCAGACAGUCUAUGGAGCCAAGGAUAUUGAGCUGUCUCCUGGAGCCCAAUCCAAAAUUGAUCGUUACACACAACAGGGUUUUGGAAAUUUGCCCAUUUGCAUGGCAAAGACCCACCUUUCUCUCUCUCACCAACCUGAGAAAAAAGGGGUGCCGAGGGAUUUCAUUCUGCCGAUCAGUGACGUCCGGGCCAGCAUUGGCGCCGGGUUCAUCUACCCUUUGGUAGGAGCGAUGAGCACAAUGCCAGGCCUGCCCACUCGGCCCUGCUUUUAUGAUAUAGAUCUGGACACAGAAACAGAGCAAGUUAAGGGCUUGUUCUAACUAAACGGGAUUCUCACAGGACCUGAGCCAGGCUCCUCAAAACAAAUGGCUCCCCGCCUUUUUGCUUGGAGAAGAAAGUGAAUCUGAAAUGUGCCCAUUACAAAAUGCUGG